GUUGAAGAAAUUGCCAAUGGCAGUGAAUGUUUCUCAAACUAUUAGAAACACCACUAGCAGAACGUUGGACGCUCUUGUGGACUCACUGUUCCGAUUUGUUGAUCAGCCAUUGCUUCCAUCUCAGGCCAACUUCGCACCUGUGGAAGAAAUUGGAGAAGCUGUGGAGGUUAAUUGCAUUAAGGGGAAAAUUCCAACAGAUUUUUCUCAGGGCGUGUACGUAAGAAAUGGUCCAAAUCCUCUAUUUGGAGGUCUGAAGACGUGCUAUUCAAUCUUUGGAAGAUCAGACCACAACUGGGCAGAAGGAGAAGGGAUGCUACAUGCUUUGCAUUUUAGAAAGAAAUCUGAUGGAGAAUGGAGCAUCUACUAUAACAACAGAUAUGUUGAGUCGGAAACAUUCAAGCUAGAAACCCAACUAAACAAACCUUCUUUUCUUCCUGCCAUUGAAGGAGAUUCUUUAGCCGUUUUAGCAGCAUAUGUUCUAAACAUGUGGAGGUUUGGCAAAAUUAAUAAACACUUGCGAAACACAAGUGUUUUUGAGCAUGGAGGUAAGGUUUAUGCAAUAGCAGAGAACUACCUGCCUCAAGAGAUUGAUGUCUCAACUUUACUAAGUUUGGAGGAUUGGGAUGUUAAUGGAGCUUGGGAUCGCCCUUUUACCAGCCAUCCAAAGAAAGCUCCAGGAACCGGUGAGCUGGUUGUGUUUGGAGUAGAUGCGCUGGAACCUUACUUUAUAGUGGGGGUUAUAUCUGCCGACGGGAAGAAACUGUUGCAUAAGGCUGAUCUCAAGUUCAAAAGAAGCAUUCUGACCCAUGAAAUAGGAGUUACCCAGAAGUACAAUAUAAUCCUGGAUCAUCCCAUAACAAUUGACAUCAGCAGACUCUACAAGGGUGGUUCAUUAUUAGAUUUUGAGAAGGGAGGGCCUGCAAGGAUUGGAGUAAUGCCUCGUUAUGGUGAUGCAGAUUCUGUCAAGUGGUUUGAGGUAGAAUCAUAUUGCACAUUCCACUUGCUCAAUUGUUUCGAAGAAGGUGAAGAGGUUGUAGUGAGAGGAUGCAAAGCUCCUGCAGCUAUUUUAGCUUGUCCAGAGUUGGGUGAAAACAAGUUCCAGUGGUUCUCAAGAGGAUUUAAUUUUCAAAACAAUGCUCAGACUUCAGAAGAAUAUGGGUAUCUCUUUCACCAUGUGCAUGAAUGGAGAUUGAACAUGGUAACUGGACAAGUACAUGAGCAAAAUCUUAGUGGAACUCACUUCUCCAUGGAUUUUCCUUUAGUUAAUGGAGACUUCAUUGGUUUAAAACACAAGUUUGGUUACACCCAAGUAAUUGAUUCCAAAGAAAGCUCUUCUGCUGGUAUGACUAAAUAUGGAGCUCUAGCUAAAUUAUACUUUGAUGAAGAACCUUUGGCAAAUCAUCAGAUGGAAGGAAACAGUGAGCAAGCCAUAAAAAUAGAGUAUCACAAGUUUGAAGAAAAUGUUUUCUGCACAGGAAUGGCCUUUGUUCCAAAAGUGAAAGGUUCUAAAGAAGAUGAUGGCUGGAUUAUCACUUACGUUCACAAUGAAGAGAGCAAUAUGUCUCAAGCUUACAUAGUAGAUGCAAGCAAAUUUGAAAGUGAACCAACUGCUGUUGUAACACUGCCGCAGAGGGUGCCUUAUGGGUUUCAUGGACUCUUCGUUUGCACUCAGAAUCAGGCCUAGUAUCAUCUAUAUGUUGCCUGAAUUUGUGAAGUUAGUGCUGCUUCAUUGGGUUUCUAGUGUGCUCCAGGGACAAUUUCAAAUAAGUCAUUGCUCAAGAGAU